UACUUCGAACGCUCAGAUUUCUUCGAUGAAUGGCGAGAACUCCUAGACCGCCUAGCAGAGGAUCGUUUUCUCUGGUCCAAUCGGAGUGGAGCAUCAGGGUUUUUCGACAGUUCUGAUGUUUUGGAGCAAUGCAUUUUUUGCGCAGCCCUCUCGUCAUCGCUGUCGAGGUUCUGUAUAUCAGUGAAAUAACUCUUAGGCAGUUCAAAGUCACUAGCUGUCGUCAGUUCUGGAGGCAGCGGUAGUGCUAUCAUUUCUCUGAACUCCAACGAGUUUGUAUCGUACAGAGCAUUGAUUUUUUCCCAGAUCUGAUCCGCUGUUGGGCGAAUACUGUAGGACGGCUCAAAGCGAGCUACACGUUCAUCUGGUGGAAGUUCCAAUCCGGCGGCGUACUCUUGGAGAUCAGCAUCGUUCAGGAAUAUGUUCACACCAUCUUCCUUCGCAUAUAUGUGCUUCAUAUACAUGACGAUUAGAUCCAUGUUGAUGUGUUUAUUGAUACCUGCAAAACGGUAA